AUGGGCCGCAAGAAGAUCCAGAUCAAACGCAUUGAAGACGAUCGCAAUCGCCAGGUGACUUUCGCCAAGCGCAAGAACGGUCUGUUCAAAAAAGCCAUGGAACUGUCCAAGCUGUGCGACUGCCAGAUCGCGCUCAUUGUGUUUGAUUCCAACAACAAGCUGUAUCAGUACUCGAGCAUGGGUGUGGACCAAAUCCUGCUGAAGUAUACCGAGUUCGGCGAGCCGUCAGAGACCAAGAACAAUAACGACUACGACAUCAUGUUUGGUGAAAAGAAGAAACAGUUGCAACAAGCGGCGAAGGAAGCAGCAGCUGCAACAGCAGCGGGUAGCGCAUCGAUCAACUUCAGCAUGCCUUACGAGCCGAAUUCGGGUGGAGCGGCGGUGCAUACCUUCCAGUCCAUGCACGGCGGAAUGAACGAUGCUCUGGUAGAGCUGAGUAACGACCCCGAUCAAUACGUGCUGGACUCUUGCAGCCGACCAGUGACACAGAAAAAACGAGCGCAUGGCAGUUUCCAGCAGCUUUUGAAGAAGGAGCACGUAAAUUACGCACCGCCUGCGCUGCCGUUAUACCAGCACACGGGAACGCUUGGUGGACUGCCGAAUCAGCACAUGCUCGCCGCACUUCCCAACGCGCCGAGUUUCUCGGGUGUUUUACCAUCACCAACUACGGCUGGCAUGCUACUUCACGACUUCAGCCCCCAAUCGAACGCCGGUCUUUUUGGACAGCAAUCUAUGCUUGUUGGCGGUAUGCCGGGAGAGCUGUACGACAGCAGAAGUGGCGUUUUCGGUCUGAACCUUUUGUCGUCCGACUUCAAUCACCGUGGAGGCAGCAGUGUAAACCCGCAGCAACUGCAAGCAAGAGACUCAUUCUAUAUUGCGAAGCCGAGCGUUUUGCCCGACACGUCUGCCGGUAAAAGUUCGGGCUCGAUGUCUGAAUGUGACGAGUCAUUUGCAGACAACGAACUUCCCCAAUUUGACGAAAUGGUUUGCAAAGUUGAAAACUUCUCGAACCUGUCACAGCAAGACGAUGCUUUGGGCAUCAGUGAAGAUUCCAAAGCUGCAAAGACGAAUGCGACAACGGAUGGUGAGAAGUCAGUCCCGGACUUCCUGCCAACACCGAAGUGUGAGUUGAAGCAGAGCGGUUGCGAUGAUGCAUCAGCUUCAACUUCGGCCACCAAAUGCAGCGACAUCCAGGUCGCAUCCCCAACAAAAGCUGCAGCAGCUUAUGAAGCGCGCAGUCCAAGCAUUACGUCCGAGUUACCAGGCACUGUCACAGAGAAGCGCUCGCACUCGAAUUUGUCGGGAGCCGCUGAUGCAAGUUUGCACAAGCGUCAACGUGUGGUUGUUUGA